AUGGCGGCUAGCCAAGUGGCCUCGGACAUCGGCGCACACUCCGCCCUCACUGCCCUAAUCAUCAACCGCAACGGAGGCCAGCACACGUCAAACGAGGCGGAAGCAAGCGCGCUCGCAGAUCCUCUUCCGGUCUCCCUGAACGACAUCACGGGCUACUACUACUAG